UCUUCAGUACUAUCUUUGUGUAGGAGUAUCGUCAUAGGAAUUUUAUGCCUUGGAUUCUUGAGUAUGUUCAUUUUGUAUAAUUAUAAACUAUUUAUAAAAAAUGGUGACUACCGUCCCGUCUCGAUUUGCUGUACUAACUAUUGACGAUGAUGAUUACAUAAAAAGAAAAUCUCACAAAUCUGUAAAUACAAAAAAUAAUACAGAAGUAAAGGAUGAAAAACAAACUAGACUCCAUAAAAAAAAUUAUAGAAGAAAAAAAAAUAAGGAAAAAGAAAAAAAAAGCAAUAUUAAUGUACAAGAAUGGGAGCAGUGGAAAAGAAAGGAUUCAAUGGUGAUUGAAAAAACUUACGAACAGGAAUUAAAUGAAGCUAUAUUAUUGUCGAAAUUAUCAUAUGAAGAAACACAAAUGGAAAUGAAACAUAAUGUAGAAAAUAAUGGAAACAAUGUCAAAAAAAGUAACAAAAAAUCAAAAAAAUCAAUGUCAUUAGAAGAAUUUAAUAAUUUUAAUGAGUACGUGGCAGAAAAUAAAGAAUUAAAAAUUAAAAAAGAAGAGAAUAGUUUAAAAGAAAUUGAAAAAGAGGCAAGUAAAGUACUUACAAAAGAAAAAGAAAAUUCUGCAUUAAAAAUAAGGUUGCAUCAAUUAGAUGAUGGUAUAACAUCAGCUCAAUUAAAAACUGAAAUCGAAAAACGUGAUAGUAUUAUUGAAAAGCUUAAAAUUGAAAUAAAUCAAUUAAAAGAAGAUGUAAACAAUGUAAAAAAUAGAAAUAGAAGACUUUAUCAAAUACUUCAACAAGGUGAAAUGAAAGAUAAGGCAACAAUUUUAGCUGAAGUAAUUAAAUUACAUGAAAUUAGAGAUGAGCUGACAACAGAGGUGACUUUACUGCAUGCACAAUUAGAACAAGAAAGAUCUAAAACUCGUGCCUCUUUUACUGAUAUUAAAACAACUAAACAAAAUGGUAAAAAAAGACUGGGUAAUGAUAAUAUUUAAAAUGCUCUUCAUUUAAAAAUUUUAAUAAUUUACGUACUCAUUCGAUGUAAUAUAACAUUCUAAUUAUAAAUUUUAAUAUUAAAUCAAUAAA